GGGCUUGCUUCACCUCAGUCAAGCUCCAGCGCACCAGCCAGCAGCAGCAUCGAGCUAACUAGUCUUUGUGAGGGGAGAGAGCGAGGGAGAGAGAGAGAGAGAGAGAGAGGAGAGAGAGAGGGCGAGAGAGAGAAAUAAAGGUGGGUGCAGAGCAAGGGAGAAGCAGACAGCGAGCGAGCUGACAGUAUGAGCAUAGGAUGAGGCUGCAGAGGGAGGACGAGUAAGACAGUGACAGAGGCUGGGGUGCUCGCUGCUGCACAAUAGAGCCAGAGGCUGCUGGGCAGAGUGAGGGAGCGAGAGAGAGAGAGAGAGAGAGCAGGCAUCAUGGCAGCGCUCACUGCAUCAUCACGACACAUGGGGAUGUUUGGCUGCUGCUGGUGAGCGGCAUGUGAUGCAGAGGAGAGCCGAGGACUUCCUGGAAACCAAAGGCACGCCAAGGAAACAGUACUGUAGGUGCUAAAGAGGUGGGAGGAGCCACAUGAUGAGUGGGAUCCUGAAGAGGAAGCUUGAGGAGGGCCCGCCCCCUUACCUCUCCCUGCAGGGGUCCGACGACGACGAGGUCUCCUGCAGCGACAGCGGCAACAGCAGCGACAGUCUCAACCACCCCGUCCCCUCUGGGCUGCUGGACUCCUCGCUCCAGCAGCAGUCGAAGCGGAUGCGAGGGCGCAACGUGCACUUCGAGAGCGUGACCGUGUACUACUUCAACCGGCGGCAGGGCUUCACUAGCGUGCCCACGCAGGGAGGCAGCACGCUGGGCAUGUCGCCGCGCCACAGCGGGGUGCGGCGCUUCACCCUCCGGGAGUUCGCCACGGAGCAGAAGAGGAGCCACCGCAACAUGCUGAAGGAGCACCUGAAGGAGGAGAAGCUCAAUGCCAUCAAGCUGAAACUGACUAAGAACGGCACCGUGUCAUCCGUGGAGGCGGACUCCCUGACGCUGGACGACAUUUCUGAAGACGACCUGGACGUGGACAACACGGAGGUGGACGACUACUUCUUCCUUCAGCCGCUGACCACCAGGAGGCGCCGCGCCCUCCUCCGCACCUCGGGGGUCCGGCGCAUCGACGUGGACGAGAAGCACGAGCUGCGGGCCCUGCGCGUGUCCCGGGAGGAGUGUGGGUGCCGCUGCCGGGGCGCGUGCGACCCGGAGACCUGUGCUUGCAGCCUGGCCGGCAUUAAGUGCCAGGUAAAUGGAGCUGUGGUGGACCGCAUGUCCUUCCCCUGUGGCUGCACGAAGGAGGGCUGCAGCAACACGACGGGACGCCUGGAGUUUAACCCGGUCCGGGUGCGCACCCACUUCCUGCACACCAUAAUGAAGCUGGAGUUGGAGAAGACCCGAGAAGAGCAGCAGCAGCAGCAGCAGCAGCAGCAGCUGCCGGAGCAGCAGCUUGUAACCAAUGGCAACGGUUACCAUGGCGACUCCUCCUUGGUCCAGCAGCAACAGCAACCGAACCUGCAGUUCCAACUGAUGAGUGGCACAGCGCACAUUCCCAUCAUGCACCUCCAAAACACAGGCGACACAGAUUUACAUCUAGGGGAAGAAGAGGAAGAAGAGGAGGAUGACGAUGAUGAUGAAGAAGAAGAUGAAGAGGAGGAGGAAGAUGAUGAAGCUUAUGAAGAAGAUGAGGACGGCAGCAGCAUCUGCAGCGGGCUGUCAGACUGCAGCACACACAGCCUAGAAACCAUUGACCCCGAGGAGGGAGAAGACGAUGAUGAGGAUGAGGAAGAGGAUGAAGAGGACGAAGAAGAGGACGAAGAGGACGAAGAGUGGGAUUGUUCGCUCCAUGCAACGAAUCCUCCAGCCUACUCAGUUCCACUCCCUUCUGUCCUGAGCUACUCCAACAGCGCCCUGAUGAGCCUCAGCGGCCCGUUCCACAGCUCUGUGAAUGGCAGCGCUGCCUUCCUCAGCGAGAGCGUCGGCGGCGCGCCCACGCUGCCCACGGUGGAAACCGCGCUCAAGUCGGAAAUCAACACGAUCCACUGCCAAACGUUCCCCGAGCUGGCCGAGUCCCUGACGCCCCAAACCCGCUCACACGCAGACCCCCGGGAGAGUCACACUGCCGGCGCAGGUGACGAACAGCCGCUCCCCACGGAGCUCCAGAACAAUCCCGGAGAUCGUGACUCACAGACUGAGGCUGGGUCUGAGGAAACGACAGGGCCAUUACAGGAGCAAACACAGGCAGCCGUCUCAGAAUGAUCAUUCCCAUGCUCAGCGAAGGGAUCGGGUUGAUAAUUGGAAAUCUUUAUUCAAGAAUUGUGACCUUGAUCCGUUAAGAGUUUGAUUUAUUCUUGAUAAGUGCACUUCCAAAGAAAGAAGGACUCCCACAGAUUUUGACACAGAAGGCUCAAAUAUGUGAUCUCAUUUUAGCUCAGCUCGUUUCUAAACCUCCUAAGGAUCUUGGUUUAGACCAGACACUAGACACUAUACAACACGGUCAGCGGUGUUUCUGUUCCCUGUGGCUAUAUGAAGUAUAAUUUGCCUUGUUAUACAGUCUUAUCAUUACAGCAUGUUUUCUGGUUGUGACUGACAAAUAUGAAAUAUAAGAUUUUGAGGUGCUUGUGUUGUUUAAGUAUUUUCCAUCGUGCUGGUGUCUCACUGUUGAUCCUAAUUGUUCUUAAAUUUGUCUGUAAAGCAUGUGUUGAGUUUACUUAAGAUGCUCAAGGCUUACACAAACUGUAAAAUGAUAAAUGACGUCCCUGACGAAUAUUACUCAACACAUUUAUGCUAAAAGCUUGAGCACAGACGGACGACUUUAGACAGGUUGGUUUAUAGGUUAGAAACCUGACACGUGCAGGCACUGACAGAGGGGUGGGCUCUGGGGGCUCACGUCCCGGCACUUUUAACAUUAUUAUGUUGACAUUUAUUCAUCACUUGAGAUCUUUUUUCCUAUUAUUGCCUUGAUUUUCUUGUUGUACCAGUUGUAAAUAUUUGUAUGAAUUCAGUUUUGCUUUUACACUGAUUUAAGUCCAUUUAUUAACUUGAUGAAAAGUUAUAAGAGCAACAAUCAAAAGCUGAACAGACAUUGGGAAUUGUCUGGAAGGAACAAGGUUUUAUCUGUCCACCGGUCUGUUGUCUUUGAGGAAGACAUGACGUGUACACAGAAUGGUUAUUGACAACUUUAACGACUGAGGGCGGCAUGGUGGUGUGGUGGCUAGCCUCCAGGUGCCUUCCUGUGUGGAGAACCCACACAGACACGGUGUGGUACUGCCUGUGUCUGUGUGGGUUUUCUCCCACGGUCCAAAGUCAUGACACCCGUAGGCGCGAGGGACCGAGUAGUGUCUGUAUGAGGCCCUGUGAUGGACUGGUGGCCUGUCCAGAGUUAGCCCGCCUCUCGCCUGAUGACAGCCGGGUUGGGCUACAGCAAGGCUAAAACCGCAAAAAGGCCGUAAAACGACUGACUAAGUGCGACGGUUAAAGCAAGACAAUUUAAAAAUGGUCGCCAUGCCCUUGAGAAACGUCUCUGCAUUAAAUGUGGAAUUAGCUUCUCUGAGCCAGCUUUAAAGAGCAUUUUAGCAUUUUAGCACUCCUUUUUUGUUUACUCUACCGUUACUGUAUGCUAGCUGAUGCCAAAGUUAGCAUCUAGCUGGUGACAAUAGGUGACAGGUUUAGCAGUAAGAGGGUUGGUGGUGGACAAAAUGGAGCUAAAAGGACAGUGUUGCCUCCACCUAGUUGUGUAAAUAGACAACUGAUCGUGUUGAUAGCAACCUCAGCUCACAACGUGAUGUCGCCAGUAUUGUGUUUAUACUGUAGCUGCUGCGUCUUCAUGUAGCGCCUCAUAACCAUUUGCUUCGUGCCACAUUAAGAUCAGAUACUAGCACCAGUGUUUGCCUCUUCCUCUUGUGUUUAAGUAACAGAACAAUCCCUAUUUCUGUGGCGUUCAUCAAGCUGUGACACGUCUCCCCAAGCCAUGGCUGAGAUUAGGAAUCAGAGUUAUUUAUCAUUUUACAGUCGCGUGCACAGUGUGAUAAUCUGCAUUUUCCAGGUUCUGGCUUGCGCUGUAAUUCCAUUUAUCUAUGUAUACUGCCAAGAUGGGGCCAAAUGUUCUCUAUGUGCUUUUUAAAGCAAAUGUACAUUUCCAUGAGAGUGUGAAUAAAAGCGUUUUUAACAUCCAA